UGUAAUUUGUUGUUGCUGCCAUCGCGUUUAUUUUCGGAGUAACUUCAACUUGCAUUUUAGGAUGAUGGUAGACCUGGUCACCAGCCAUGCCUGUUAGGAACAUUUCUGUUUUAAAUAUUGACUGAAGGAUUGCGAUUUUGGGUCAACAUUUUGUCAGCAUUUUGAAGCUAUGACUUGACGGUGAUUUUUGACGUUAAGUGUACAAUUUGAAGAAUCUGUAAUAUGCACAUUAAUGCGCUCUCACGAAGCACGCAAUAAUGUUUUUGCUCUUUAGGCUUACUUUUUUCUUGGGUAGUUUGGCGCUGGUCACUGUCUUGUCAGAGGCCAGGAUCUCCAAUACGGAUGGAAAUUCUAGUGGAAUAAGGAUGAAAACGGUCAACAACAGCAGGCUGGCAGAGGGAUUAUCAAGGCGCAGCCCGACUCUCCGUGAGACUCACAGAGAAAGAGUGCACUCCACAGGUGCGUCAGGUUUGGAUUCGGAGAGGACUUCAACUACUGAGAGUGAAGCUCAUUCAACAAAACAUGGUAGGCCUAAUUCCGAUCAUAUGUUAUCAAGGCGAAAUGAAAUCUCGAGUAAUCACCUCGAAUUUCUUGGGCAUGGAGUCAACAGCCAAACACAGGGGAUUGAAGUGCCAGGAACCGCCAGUAAAGCAACAUCCACACACUCGGACUCGGAGCAUCGCCUUGCGGGACAGCCCAGAGUUAGAAGAGUUGCGGAAGACAGCAACACAAAAGAUGUGGAUUUAGCAACAUCAAAUACCAUGUGGGAAUCUAUGCCGAAACCUAUGGCACAGAAUUCAACAGAUUCUCCUUUCGAUUUCACCAGAAAUGGCGAUUUAUUAACUGUGCCAGAUCAUGAUUUCGACGAAAUCACCCCCUUGAUUCCCCUGGUUACACGAAGAAGAGACAACGAAGUGAAAAAUCCCUUUUACCCUGUAACAUCUGAAACAUAUGGGGCAUAUGUGAUUUUGAUCUUUUCUGUCAUAAUCUUCUCCGUUGGGAUUCUCGGCAACAUUACAAUUAUGUGCAUCGUUUGUCACAACUACUACAUGCGAAGCAUCUCCAAUUCCCUCCUGGCCAAUCUUGCUUUUUGGGAUUUUAUUAUCAUAUUUUUCUGCCUGCCUUUAGUCGUUUUCCACGAGUUGACAAAGGACUGGCUACUUGGAGAAUUCUCUUGCAAGAUUAUUCCAUAUAUUGAGGUGGCUUCGUUGGGCGUGACCACGUUCACGCUCUGCGCCCUGUGCAUCGACCGCUUCCGCGCCGCCACCAACGUGCAGCUGUACUACGAGAUGAUCGAGAACUGCACGUCCACGGCCGCCAAGCUGGCGGUCAUCUGGGUGGGCGCCCUGCUGCUGGCGCUGCCCGAGCUGCUGAUCCGCCAGCUGGUGACGGAGGAGCGCGAGCCGGCCGAGGUGACGCCGUGCGAGCGCUGCGUGGUGCGCAUCUCCACGACUCUCCCCGACACGCUCUACGUGCUGGGCCUCACCUACGACAGCGCGCGCCUCUGGUGGUACUUCGGCUGCUACUUCUGCCUGCCCACGCUCUUCACCAUCUGCUGCUCGCUGGGCACGGCGCGCAAGAUCCGGCAGGCCGAGCGCGCCAACGUGCGCGGCAGCCGCAAGCAGAUCCGGCUGGAGGGCCAGAUGAACUGCACGGUGGUGGCGCUGGCCAUCGUCUACGGCGCGUGCGUCAUCCCCGAGAACCUGUGCAACAUCGUGUCCGUCUACAUGGCGGCGGGCGUGGCGCGGCGCACGCUGGACGUGCUGCACCUGGUCAGCCAGAUGCUGCUGUUCUGCAAGUCGGCGGCCACGCCCGUGCUGCUGCUGGCCCUGUGCCGGCCCUUCGGCCGCGCCUUCAUGGACUGCUGCUGCUGCUGCUGCGAGGAGUGCGGCCCGCCGCGAUCGUCCUCCUCGGCCACCGCCGGCGACAACGACAACGACCAGGAGCGCGACGCCGCCGCCACCGAGCUGGAGCUGUCGCCCUUCAGCACCGUCCAGCGCCGCGAGGUGUCCUCCUACACGCCUGUGGGAACGCACUGUUGACCAGCCCCACGGGGCCCGCACCAGCACAGACACACCGCGUCUAUAAAGGGCUCUUUAGUUCCACCACAGAGGAGCGCAUGUGAUGGUGCGUCUUCAGCGUGCAGCGUGGAGAAGGAGAAGCGGUCAGUACAGUAGGUGAGCUGUAGGCACAGCACUGGUCAAGCGUAGAGCGCCGUUUGGGACGCUUGUAUAAGUCUACACACUUGUUAAGUAGAACUAAAGCUGUGGUAUGUAAACUCUGAUACUGCAGUGUUGGCACUUUUUCAGAGCAUCAGUCAGUCUGCUCAGUACAGACAGUGGGAAUCUAAAUAUAGGAAGCACCGUGUUUAUUAAAUGACCUGCUGUUCACCAUCAAGUCCUGUAUUGCCUCCAAAUGCUACACUAUGCACUGAUUGUACAAAAACAACUGCAAGCUGUGAGUCAAAUUGAACAUCCUUUGAGACUUGAACCAUGUAUUAAGGUCAUCACGCCAUAGACAGUUUACUUCAGGGCAGGUGUGCGUACAAUGUAUGUGAAUUGCCAUUGCUGUUUACAAAGGGCAAAUGUCUACAUAGGGAAUAGGUUGUUUUAAGUUGAUAGAAAUGAAUGAUGAAUUCACCAUUUUUAAUUAUUUGCACUGCCCUGUAGCCCAGCUUUCACUUGAGAUCAGAAGGAAAAAUAAUAUAUAUUAAGAAUGGUUGUACAGUAGUAUGUUUUUGGAUAAUGAUUCUUGUGAAUCAGUUAAACCGAUGCCUAGUUCCCUUACUAUGUGAGCAUUCCAAGUCUGUAUUUGUUAGCCGAAUGUGUGAUCCACCCCAGUGUGCUGCUGGAGCGGUUGUUUUUAGCUAAGGAUUGUUACUUUAGUAAUAAAAAGCAAAAGCUAUGAUUCAUCUCUCUCCAUUUUAAAACCGUAAUAGUCCCAACAGUAAAGGCUCUUUUUUCUGAAGCAACAAUGAUUUCGAUUUCCAUGGACAUUUUUCUCUUCCCAACUCUGAAUAUUUGAUGAUGUUGAUUAUAGUUACCGGUAAUUUGGUGUUGCUGGCACAUAACUAUAGUUUUAUAGAUAUGAAUGUAUCAUGACCACACCACAGUAUGUUUAUGUCCAAAAUAUGAAGGUAAACCAGCUUCA